AUGGUUCUCCAUAAUUUCCUGUUUUUCGUCGUUGCUCUUAGUAAAAUUUGUCUUUUUGCUAUCUCCCCGAAUCCCUGUUCGGUCAACAAUUCACACAAUUUCUUCUUCUUCUUCUUCUUCUUCUUCUUCUUCUUCUUCUUCUUCUUCUUCUUCUUCACACAAUUCACACAAUUUCUUCUUCUUUUUCUUCUUCUUAGAAUUCCUGCUCUUCUUCCUCUUCUUAAAAUUCAUCUACUUAAAAUUAUUCUUCUUAAAAUUCUUCUUCUUCUAAUUCUUCUUCUUAAAAUUCUUGUUAAAAUUCUUCUUCUUCUUAAAAUUCUUCUUCUUAAAAUUCUUCUUCUUCUUGAAAUUCUUCUUCUUCUUCGUUUCCUUCUUAAAAUUCUUCUUUUUCCUCAUCUUCUUCUUCUUAGAAUUCCUCCUCUUAUUCCUCUUCUUAAAAGUCUUCUUCUUCUUCCUAAAAUUCAUCUACUUAAAAUUCUUCUUCUUCUUCUUCAAAUUCUUCUUCUUCUUCAAAUUCUUCUUCUUCUUCAUAAUAUUAUUUGUCUCUUUUGCUAUCUUUCCGAAUCCCUUUUUUCUUUCUUUCAUUUUGUCUUUCUUUUCAUUUUUCAUUCUUUCCUUCCUUCCUUUCUUAUUUCUUUCUUUCUUUCUUUCUUUCUUUCUUUCUUUCUUGAUGUCUGUUUUUUUAUCUAUCUCUGUUUUUCUUUGUUCCUUCUGUCUUUCUUUCUUUCUUUCUUGAAUUUUAUUCCUUUUAUCUUUCUCUGUUUCUGUUUUUCUUUCUUCUUUUCUUUCUUGAUUCUAUUCCUUUUAUCUUUCUCUGUUUCUUUCUUUCUUUCAUUUUCUUUCUUUCUUUCUUUAUGUCUGUUCUUUUAUCUAUCUCUGUUUUUCUUUUUUCCUUCUUUCUUUCUUUCUUUUUUUAUUUCUUUCUUUCUUGAAGUCUAUUCCUUUUAUCUUUCUCUGUUUCUUUCUUUCUUUCAUUUUCUUUCUUUCUUUCUUUAUGUCUGUUCUUUUAUCUAUCUCUGUUUUUCUUUUUUCCUUCUUUCUUUCUUUCUUUCUUUUUUUAUUUCUUUCUUUCUUGAAGUCUAUUCCUUUUAUCUUUCUCUGUUUCUUUCUUUCUUUCAUUUUCUUUCUUUCUUUCUUUAUGUCUGUUCUUUUAUCUAUCUCUGUUUUUUCUUUUUUUCCUUCUUUCUUUCUUUUCUUUUUUUUUUUAUUUCUUUCUUUCUUGAAGUCUAUUCCUUUUAUCUUUCUCUGUUUCUUUCUUUCUUUCAUUUUCUUUCUUUCUUUCUUUAUGUCUGUUCUUUUAUCUAUCUCUGUUUUUUUUUUCCUUCUUUCUUUCUUUUUUUUUUAUUUCUUUCUUUCUUGAAGUCUAUUCCUUUUAUCUUUCUCUGUUUCUUUCUUUCUUUCUUUUUUCUUUCUUUCUUUCUUUAUGUCUGUUCUUUUAUCUAUCUCUUUUUUCUUUUUUCCUUCUUUCUUUCUUUCUUUUUUUUUUUUAUUUCUUUCUUUCUUGAAGUCUAUUCCUUUUAUCUUUCUCUGUUUCUUUCUUUCUUUCAUUUUCUUUCUUUCUUUCUUUAUGUCUGUUCUUUUAUCUAUCUCUGUUUUCUUUUUUUUUCUUUCUUUCUUUCUUUUUUUUUUUAUUUCUUUUUCUUUCUUGAAGUCUAUUCCUUUUAUCUUUCUCUGUUUCUUUCUUUCUUUUUUCAUUUUCUUUCUUUCUUUCUUUAUGUCUGUUCUUUUUAUCUAUCUCUGUUUUCUUUUUUCCUUCUUUUCUUUCUUUCUUUCUUUUUUUUUUUUUCUUUCUUUCUUGAAGUCUAUUCCUUUUAUCUUUCUCUGUUUCUUUCUUUCUUUCAUUUUCUUUCUUUCUUUCUUUAUGUCUGUUCUUUUAUCUAUCUCUGUUUUUUUUUUUUUUUCUUUUUCUUUCUUUCUUUCUUUUUUAUUUCUUUCUUUCUUGAAGUCUAUUCCUUUUAUCUUUCUCUGUUUCUUUCUUUCUUUCAUUUUCUUUCUUUCUUUCUUUAUGUCUGUUCUUUUAUCUAUCUCUGUUUUUCUUUUUUUUCCUUUCUUUCUUUCUUUUCUUUUUUUUUAUUUCUUUCUUUCUUGAAGUCUAUUCCUUUUAUCUUUUUCUCUGUUUCUUUCUUUCUUUCAUUUUCUUUCUUUCUUUCUUUAUGUCUGUUCUUUUAUCUAUCUCUGUUUUUUUUUUCCUUCUUUCUUUCUUUUUUUUUUAUUUCUUUCUUUCUUGAAGUCUAUUCCUUUUAUCUUUCUCUGUUUCUUUCUUUCUUUCAUUUUUCUUUCUUUCUUUCUUUAUGUCUGUUCUUUUAUCUAUCUCUGUUUUUCUUUUUUCCUUCUUUCUUUCUUUUCUUUCUUUUUUUUUUAUUUCUUUCUUUCUUGAAGUCUAUUCCUUUUAUCUUUCUCUGUUUCUUUCUUUUCUUUCAUUUUCUUUCUUUCUUUUUCUUUAUUCUAUUCCUUUUAUCUUUCUCUGUUUCUUUCUUUCUUUUCAUUUUCUUUCUUUCUU